ACCGGCUAGUUAGUUACUUUGCCAGUUAGUUAGUUUGGUGAUCAGUUUUCCGAGCGGCUUCCAUGGAGACAGACACGGAUUUGGGUGAAGCCCGUAGCAGGGGUGACGAAGUCGCCACUUCGAGGAGCGGUCAACUGAAAGAGCUAAUCGCCUGGUUCGAGUCCAAUCCCAAUCUUCCAGAGAAAAUAGAACCCAUUGUAAUGCUUCGCUUUAUGAAGUGCAUGGCCUAUAAUGUUGAAAAAGUCAAAUCUCUGGUGGAACUCAACUAUAGUCUCAGGAAUAAGAAUCCACAUCUGUUUAUAGAUCGCAGCAUAGAAGACGAUAUGACAGCCAAGUGUCUAAGGGCAUCAGAUCUCCUAGUCUUGCCCGGAUUAACGCCCGAGGGUAAUAAACUACUCUUCUUUCGUAUGGUCGACAUGGAACCCAAUGCGCGCAAUUCCGUCGAGGAGACCAAGAUCUUUUACAUGAUGAGCGAUGCCCGAUUCACGUUGCCGGACGUGGAAAAGCCAAAGGACGAGGACUACCAACUGAAUGAAUCGGAUAUAGCCGAUGGGGAUAUACAGAUUGUGGAUAUCGAGGGUUAUACCUUAAGGCACUUGGCCUAUGUAUCUAUCUUUGUUCUGAGGAUCCAUAUGAAGUUCCUGCAGGAGGCCUAUCCAAGUCGCUUGAAGACGAUGCACGUCAUCAACUGUCCCACAUACUUGGAUCGAUUGAUUUCCAUGAUGUCGCCCUUUCUCAGAGAAGAAGUUCGCAAAUUGAUCAAAUACCAUACAGAGGGUCUGGAGAGUCUUUAUAAAGAGGUACCCAGGGAUAUGUUACCGAAUGAGUAUGGCGGGAAGGCCGGAACCAUUGCCGAGCUCAAGGAAAGAAACAUUCAGAUGAUGAGGGAUCAGCGUGCCUAUCUAACAGAUGAUCGUUACUGGAAUGUAGCUUCUCAGGGAAAGAGUCGCUGGAGUUGGUUUUGAAUUUAUUUUCCAAAAAGUGUGAUAUUCAACAAAUCGCUUUUAGGUUUUCGGUUCGAAUUUCUUUCUAAAAUAUUUAGCAAAACCAAAAAGAAUUUUAAAAAGUAUACAAGGGGAUCUUAUAGAUAGUAUUUAUUGGGCCUGGAAAAAUAGUUUUCAGUCUCACAUAUUUUUUUUUUUUCGUAGAACCCAAUAAGUGCUAACUGUCAAUAUGAAUGUUUUAUUUUUUUAAAUUGUAAUAAAAAUCAAUUUCUUAUUAUUUUAA